AUGGCAAACCUUCCACAAUCGCUGUUUGGGUCAGAUCCGCCGUCGUCGUCGUCGACAGGAGCGUCGGUUCCGAGCACGUCCGGAGCCAACUCUUCCACUACUGAUCAUGAAGACCCCUCAAGGGUCUACGUGGAGAAGUUGAUUGUUGCCCUUCGCGAUGAGAAUACCCGAGAAUGCGCUCUUGACCUCCUCAACAAGACUAGGGCAACUCGUGAAGAUUUAGCUCUACUGUUAUGGCAUUCUUCUGAAACAAUAUACAAGCUCUUAGAGGAAAUACUUGCAGUAUACCGCUUAAUAUCAAAACCAAACCUUACAGAAAGACAAUCAAAUCGAACAUGCAAUGCUCUUGCUCUACUUCAGUGUGUAGCUUCUCACCCAGAAACAAGGAAGCUGUUUAUCAAGGCUUACAUACCACACUAUCUAUACCCUCUUCUUAACAUUAUGAACAAAGAAAAGCCCUAUGAACAUUUAAGGCUUACCAGCUUAGGUGUUCUUGGUGCCAUAGUGAAGUCUGGUGAUGAAGAUGCCAUUCUUUUUCUUCUCGAAAGUCAAAUAUUUCCUUGUUGCCUUCGCUGCAUGGAAGUAGGCCAAGAAUUGUCAAAAACAGUUGCCACAUAUAUUGUUCAUAACAUUCUUAUGAAAGACGAGGGGCUCAAGUAUUGCUGUGCUUUUGCGCAACGAUUUUAUGCAGUGGACCAUGCUUUGCAAAACAUGUUAGAAAAUCUUGCUGAGGAGCCCUCACACCAGCUGCUAAGACACAUUAUUGGUUGUUAUCUGAGGCUCUCACAAAGUCCAAGGGCAUGUGAUGUGUUAAGAUACUCCCUUCCCACGAGGUUAAGAGAUCCUACCACGGUCAACCUCCUUCGUGACGACCCAACAGCCAUGGGUUGGCUGCAACAAUUAUUUUACAAUAUGUCAAACACAGGCCAAUAUACAACAGUGCCGACUGGAGAGUUAUUUGCACGCUUGCUUGGAGGCUAUAAAGCUGGGUGA